AUGACAUCGGCCCCGACAAUUCUGGCUACGUGCAAGCAGACACGGUUUCAUCUGCUAGAUGAUAAUCCUUCGCAGGAGAUCGAUGUGGAGGGACUUAACAUCAUAGUCACAUCAUCUGCACCUGAAUCCACGGAAGAUGCCUCAAAGCCAAAGACCAAAGGAAAAUCAAGGGCCAAGGCUGCGGGGAGAGAGCUCAUAUCAGACGCGCACCUACGACUCAAGGCAGGCGUUCACUAUGGGUUACUAGGUCGCAACGGAACUGGAAAGUCAACGCUGCUCCGGGCAAUGGCCGAGAAACUCAUUCCUGGCAUCCCGCAUGCGACUCGCAUGGCUAUUUUGCAGCAAACAGACCAGCAGGAUGACGUUACAUUCGGCGAAGACCCUAAUCAGGACAAAACUGUUUUGGAAGCCGUUCUCAGCAGCGAUGAAAGUAGGAACGAGGCUGUUCGGAUGACAGAAUUUCUGUCGAAAAGUUUUGAGACUGAAGAUCCAAUGCAGCCCGUGCGGGCGAUCCGUAAAAUCCGGCACCAGAAAGCAGAAAAGCAUCUCUUCCUGGCUCACAAGAACGCAAGCCUGAAAAGCGGUGCUCGAGGUCUACAAGCAAGAAAAGACCUGAAGGCUGCCGAGGGGAAGCUCGAGGCUGCAUCGGAGAUGUUGGCCCAGGAUGUAGCCGCUAUCGAUGCGGAGACAGUCCAGUCGGAUACCCAAGCUGCCGUUGAGACACUACAAAAUUUACAGUCUCAAAUCGAAGACAUGAAACUUGCUGAUAUGAAGCAACAAGCCCGUCGCGUUCUUCUUGGUCUCGGCUUUAAAGAAGACGGAUUCGAGAAGAAAGUCUCUACGCUCUCAGGUGGCUGGCGUAUGCGAUGUAUGCUAGCCAGCGUUCUGGUCCAAGACCCCGACAUCAUGAUCCUAGAUGAGCCGACCAACUUCCUCGAUCUGCUAGGAGUAGUGUGGCUAGAGAAUUACCUGAAACAACUCCGCGACACAUCAGAAACAACCAUCGUCUUGGUUUCACACGACAGAGAUUUCAUCAAUGCUGUCUGCGAGGAGAUUGUCAUUCUGCGAGAUCAGAAAUUGACUUAUUUCCGAGGGAACCUGUCUGCAUACGAGCAAGAUUUCGAGGAACAGAAGCUCUACCUAGGGCGCAUGAAGGAGGCCCAAGAACGGCAGGUUGCGCAUAUGGAAGCUAGUAUCCGGGAGAAUAUGAAAAUUGGAAAGAAGACCAAUGACGAAAAUAAGCUGCGACAAGCUAAGUCACGGCAGAAAAAGGUCGAUGACCGGAUGGGUCUUCAAGUCAGCGCAAACGGGGGACGUUUCAAGCUGAACCGUGAUCUAGUCGGAUGGCAUCUCCACAAUCGGGCUGAGAUCGACGUUCCGACAGAUGAAAAGGGCGCGACUAUGAGCUUGCCCGAUGCGACGGAGUUGCGGUUCCCUGGGCCGCUGGUAUCGCUUGAGGGUAUUGUCUUCCAGUACAAGAAAACCGACCGCGUCAUCCUGGAUGACGUGAACUUGGUUGUUCACCUGGGUGAUCGUGUCGGAAUUAUGGGUCUCAAUGGAUCGGGGAAAACAACGCUGCUCCGUAUUUUGACGGGACAGGUGUCUCCUUCCAAGGGCAAGGUGUCGACUCACUCCCGGUUGAAAGUGGGCUACUAUAGCCAACACUCCGUGGAAGAGCUGCAAGAACGUGGCCGAGGCGAGCCUAGCUUAACUGCGCUGGGCUUGUUGACAAUUGAGACUGAAGGAUCGCUGAACGAGGGCGCUAUCAGAGGUCUACUUUCUUCAAUGGGGUUAGCGGGUCGUAUUGCAUCUGAUGUCCCUGUGGCCAAGCUGUCAGGCGGACAACUGGUCCGCCUUGCAUUAGCUCGAAUCGUCUGGAGUGCACCACAACUUCUGAUUCUUGAUGAAAUCACCACGCAUUUGGAUUUCCACACUGUCACUGCAUUAGCUACGGCUCUCUCCUCCUUCAAUGGCGCCGUGCUACUAAUUUCACACGAUCGUUUCCUUGUUCGGUCGGUAAUUGAGGGCAAGCGAGAUACCGAGCAUAAGCUUGAUGAAGAUUUCGAAGGGCUGGAGGAGGAAGAGACCGAAGAAACGCCAAGGCGCCGGUCGGUCUAUGUGAUUAAACAAGGCAAGAUGAACGAACAGAAGAAUGGGGUGGAGCAGUUCGAAAAGAGCCUGGUGAAGAGGAACUUCCUCAUGGCUGGCUUGUGCAAGCGGAUCUUGUCUUGCCCUAGGGUUGCCCGUCAGUGGGGCAUACAGACUCGACUUCAGAGCACUCGCGCCGCAUCAAGAUCUAACGCCACCGUCGUCCCUGAAUUGCCUCCUCCGCAUCCCGCAACCGAGGCCUCCAAACCGUCAAAAUUCAAGUCCACGAAGCCCUUCUCCGAAUUCCUCACCGAUACCUUCAAUCGGCAACAUGACUAUCUCCGCAUUAGCGUCACGGAACGGUGCAAUCUCCGGUGUCUGUAUUGCAUGCCCGAGGAAGGCAUAGACCUCUCGCCCUCUGCGAAACUGCUUACAUCCCCGGAGAUCCUAUACCUAUCCUCGCUAUUCGUCUCACAAGGCGUGACCAAAAUCCGAUUGACUGGCGGAGAACCGACGGUCCGCAAGGACAUCGUGCCAUUGAUGCAGGACAUUGGCAAGCUGCGACAAAAUGGGCUUCGGGAAUUGUGUCUAACAACCAACGGAAUCUCAUUACAUCGAAAAUUGGACUCGAUGGUGGAGGCUGGUUUGACGGGAGUCAAUCUCAGCCUUGACACGCUGGAUCCAUUCCAGUUCCAGAUCAUGACGAGACGCAAGGGAUUCGAUGCUGUGAUGAAGAGCAUCGACCGCAUUCUGGAAAUGAAUAAGGUCGGUGCGGGGAUCAAGUUGAAGAUCAAUUGUGUUGUUAUGAGGGGAAUGAACGACCGAGAGAUCCUUCCGUUCGUGGAGCUGGGCCGCGAGAAGCCGAUUGAAGUGCGCUUCAUCGAGUAUAUGCCUUUCGGUGGAAACAAAUGGAACCAGGAAAAGAUGUUCUCAUAUCAGGAGAUGCUGGCUGUUAUCCGAGAGAAGUAUCCCACGUUCGAAAAAGUGGCCGACCACAAGAAUGACACGAGUAAGACAUACCGUGUUCCUGGCUUCGAGGGCCGCGUGGGAUUUAUCACGAGCAUGACACACAACUUCUGUGGUACCUGCAACAGGCUACGUAUUACUAGCGACGGAAAUCUCAAAGUCUGUCUGUUCGGUAACUCUGAAGUCUCCUUGCGGGAUAUCAUUCGUAAGGAGAAUGGUGGGAGCCCGAUUGACGUGGAUGCAAUGAACAACCUGCAGCUGUUGGAAACAGUACAAAACGCAGCGCGCCUUAGCGACGAAGGCGGCUUGGUGAAUGAACGAGAACGUGAGAUUCUCGACAUCAUCGGCAUGGCAGUGAAACGAAAGAAGGCGAAACACGCCGGCAUGGCACAACUUAAGGAUAUGAAGAACCGUCCUAUGAUCUUGAUUGCUUCCCAAAGUCGUCUCUACCACCCCGGGCGCUCUAAGCCAGAGACCACAGACUGUACUUCUCGUCCAUCUCCCUCUCUACCCACCACCUCAGACACCGACCUCCCUCACCUUACACCAUCCAAGACCGUACACAUGACACAGAUCACCGAAAAGCCCGAAACAAAGCGCGUCGCCACAGCCGCCUGCACCGUCUCCUUCUCAAACGCCCGACCCUGGGAAAUCCUCCGCGAAGGCCAAACCACGCACAAAGGCGACGUCUUCAGCGUCGCCCGGAUCGCGGGUAUCAUGGCCGCCAAAAGAACGCCUGAUAUUGUGCCCCUUUGCCAUCCCGGCAUUGGUAUUACCGGAGUCGAGGUCAGCGUGGAACUCGUUGGGCCUGCGGGGGACAGGGACAGGGAUCACGGCGCCAUGCAUGUCGUGGCGUCGGUCAGCUGCUUCGGUCGCACAGGCGUAGAAAUGGAGGCUAUGACGGCUACUAUGGGUGCGGCUUUGACGGUUUAUGAUAUGCUCAAGGCUGUGGAUAAGGGGAUGGUCAUUGAUUCUGUCCGAUUGUUGGAGAAACAGGGUGGGAAGAGUGGGCAUUGGGUACGGGAAUGA